UUAAUGUGUAUUAAUUAAUUUAUGUGUAAUAUUAUAGAGGAGAUUGUUGGGAUAGAGGGAAGGAUGUGCCAGUCAAGGAGCCAUCACUUCAGGCGCACGUGUUUGUCCAACCACAACUGUGCCAACAUCUGCCGUGGAGAAGGCUUUUCCGGUGGCCGUUGUCGUGGCUUCCGCCGCCGUUGCUUCUGUACUCGUCUUUGCUAAUUACUUGUUCUCUUUUCUUUUCCAUUAAAAAAAUUGAAAUGUUGUUCUUGUGUU